GGCGCCCAGGCAGCAUAUCACGUGCAAUUCGCAUGUGUUCGCGCAUGGCGAGCGCUGAUGCGGCUCUGGCUGGGCCUGCCGGUGGCCUCAGCGCUGCCACGCGCCCACCUCUGCGUCUUCAUUCCCAUCAGCGAGCGCAGUCGCAAGGAUGGGGCGCUCUCACUCGCAGCGCUGGGCACCUGGGCACAAGAGCAGCUGCAGCGGGACGCAGGCGCCAAGGUGCGCUUCGUGAGCGUCGGAAGCACUGCAGGGAGCCCCUUGGAGCCGUACACGCUGCACGUGCCCGGCGAUGAGGAAGUGGGGUACAAGCGCUUGCCCGUGCGCAUCUUGAAGAUCUGGCACUACCUGGGCCAAGAGGAUGACUGCGACUGGGUCAUGAAGGCAGACUCGGACACCUAUGUGAACCUGCGUGGCGUCAGCGACCGCCUCAGCUGCUUCGACCCAGAGGAGGAGCACUUCUUUGGCGUGGUGCACGCCAUUGUGCCCCCGCGUCAGCUCCGCGAGAUGUGGCCGGCGCUGUACUUCGGCCACGGUGGCUCAGGCUACGUGGUGAGCCGCGGCUUGUUGCCAAAGGUGGGCCGCAGCGCACUGCCCUGCCUCGAAGACAUGCUAGAGAUGACCCAGGGAGAUGCCAUGGAGGACGUGAUCUUUGCCUUGUGCCUGCAGCGCAGACUGGACGUUCAGGUGGAGAGCUAUGGGUUCCUGCGCCCGGGGGGCGCGUGGGACGCCCAGCUGGCCGAGCAGGAGUUCGUCGUGAACUUCCACCAAGCCCGGGAUGAGCUGCUGGACCGGCGGCCGAAGGCGCCGCUGCAGCGCUGGCUGCACUGGGACGCGCAGCCGCCCCCUCUGCACGCGUGUGUCAUGGUUGCCCAUCCGGUCGAGAAUGAGACCGACAUGAUGGAGGUGCACCGAAAGCUGCGCGCGGACGCCGCGGCGCAGGUCUUGGCGCUGGCGCCCACUGCGUCGGAAUGGGCGGAACCUGAGCGCAUGCCGCUGGGACUGGGCCGGGCCCAGUGUGUACCAAGCCCCAUGGCUUUGGCCAGACAGGCCGAGGUGCGGCUCAGCGCUGCGGGCGCGCCAGUGAAGGCAUUCUGGACGCCGAAGCAGCUGGAGCAGCUGUCACAGUGUUUGGUGCACUCCUUGGGCAAGAAGCGUUGCGGCUGGACGGACAUCCGGGAGCAGCGCUAUGGCCUGAGCUACUGGCCGCCAGCACAGAGCAGCGAUGCCUGCGCCGAGGCAUGUUGUCGCUCAGGUGCUGAUUGCUCCCUCUUCCAGUACCGAGCGGACGAAGGCUGCUGGCUGGGCCGCUGGGAGGAGAGCCAGGCGGUGGCCAGCGACAAGGUCUGGCAGGGCGCGGUCAAGGUGUGGUGACUCACUCAAAACGUUGACGCGCCAGCACGGAGACGAGGGCAGGACC